AUGGCCCCCCGCUCGCAACUCGAGAUCCACACGGCAUCUGUCCUCCGCCUCGUGAAGGAGGAGGCAUCCUACCAUCGCGAACUCAAGGACCAGGCCGAGCGCGUCCAGAAGCUGGAGGCACAGACCGGCGGCGACGAUGAGAACCGGGAGUACACGCUGAAGCAAGAGAUUGAGGAGGGCAAGAAGGGAUCCGAGAGUAAUGUCGAGCACAUCACGGCGGCCAAGGAUGCGAUUGCGCAGGCCAAGACGGCCGAGAGGGAGAUUUCGUGA